AUGAAAAAAUCAGAAGAAGACGCAUUUUCUGCUGCUUCCACACCGGGAGCCAGCACCAGCAGCAGCAGCAGCAGCAGCAGCAGCAGCAGCAGCAACAGCAACAACACCAGCAUUAACACCAGCACCAGCAACACCAGCAGCAACACCAGCAGCAACAGCAGCACCAGCAACACCAGCAACACCAGCAACACCAGCAACACCAGCAACAGCAGCACCAGCAGCAGCAGCAACAGCAGCAGCAGCAGCAGCAGCAGCAGCAAGGAUGGAUGUUGCACGUUGCUGCUGCUGCGUACUCCUCGCAAUUUGUUGUCUAUGAGGGCUCAGUGGUCUUCGCUUACUUCUCAUAUAUCUGCUGCAUGCGUUAAACGCGUUGAACCCAUUGGAAGCUGUUUAGAAGCACAAGGUAUGCCGCUUACUGAAGAAGAGCAAAAAAUGCUGCAGCAGCAUCAGCAGCAGCAACAGCAGCAGCUGCAACAGCUGCAGCACCAGCAGCAGCAACGCUUGAAACUACGCAAAGGAAGAGGGGCAGUGGAAGCAGAUAAACAAGUAUUAAACUUUAAGAAGACAGACGAAGAAGAAACAGAAGAAGAAGAAGAAACAGAUUGUAAAGAAAAACAUCAAAGGGCAAAGACAGCAUUUGGAGAAGAAGCUGAAGAAAGGCAUGAAAAAGAGAGAGAAGUAAGAGAAGCAGCAGAAGCAGCAUCGUGCAAAAUGUUUUACUGCGAUCUUAAACCCGCAAAAACAGAUGCUGUACGUGCAGCAAGAGCAGCAGCAGCAGCAACACGUCGUAGUGGCGACUUGUAUGAAAAUUUUCUCAAUACAUUCUGCGUGCAAGUUGAACAGGCCCCCGACGAAUUUGCUGAAGGUCCGCUGCAAGAAGGCAAUUUCUUGAUGAGUUGUGCUGCAGCACUGUUAGAAACGUGUUACUCUGUGGAUAGAGCAGCAGCAAGACAGGCGCUAAAGCAGCAGCAGCAGCAACAAACAGCAGAAGCAACAGCAGCAGCAGCGAGAGGAGAGGUGGUAGCAGCAGGAAGACAGCGGAGUAAGAACGCUGCUGAUAAAUACGAGAUAAAGAAAAAAGAAAAAACAGAAAUAGACAAUCAAACAGAAGACAUGCAACAAGAUACUGCUGCAGAAGCAGAAGCAGCAGCAGCAGCACAAGCAGCAGCAGCAGCACAAGCAGCAGCAGCAGAAGCUGAGGUUGAAGAGGCAGUUGAGGCGCGAAUGCAGGCAUUAGAGCCCAAGUACAAAGCAGUAGAAGCUGCAGCCAGUCGUCUGCGCGACUUAGUUGCCGUUUUAUUUAAACUUCAAACAAAUGAAGGAAACCUAGAAGAACUUCUCUUAGCUCUGAGCGGGCCCGAUGCCCCUCUUGUUGUGGAGAUAGAAGACAGUGCGAUGAUUUAA